GGGACUGGCACAGGCACAACAGACCAAGCCCACCUCGCCAACAGAAUCGAACAAUCGCCAAAACUGAUCGGUUAGCCCUCCAACUCAAGCGUCUACACAACGACGCUUCAACACCCCGAGUGGAACAUUAUGGACCACUAGCCCGCCGAUCUCGGACAGUUCUCAUCUCAUCUACCCCAGCUUUCCACUACCGACCUCCAUAACCUCACCAUCCGAAUAUGCCCGCCGCCAACAAAGGCAAGGGCAAAGGUCGCGACCGGGACCGCGACCGGGACCGUGAGCGUGAUCGCGAGGUGCGCCCCUCGCGCAGUCGCAACACCACCCCCAGCUCCAGUUUCAGUGCUGGCCCGACCGCCGGCGGCCCCGUCUACAGUUACCUCGACAACGAUGCCUCGAAGCUGAUGAUGAACGCCUCGAUACAAUAUGGAGAGCUGUUGGAACGCAUGGGCGGGGUGGGGCCGAUCCCCGAUUCCAAGUCGCUGGAAAUGUUGAUGGAACACCUCAAGACGCUCAGUCAGCUGGCCGAGACCCGCGGAGACGUGUGCAAUGCCGGCAUCCGGGAGCUAUCGCAGAAGCGCAAGGAAGUGGCGGAUGAGCCCGAGUUGGGCGAUCGCGAGGGCGGCGGCAGCGACCGACUGAAGAUGAAGCGCGAAGCCGACGAAGAGGAUGAAGAGAAGGUGUUCAAGGGCGGCAAGCUCAAGAAGAGAAAGGAACGAGGCAGCAGCUCCAAGGAGGAUCGACCUCUAGCCCAUGGAGCGCAUGGCCUGGCGCGACAGGAUGGCGCGGAGACCAAAGUCGAAGGAGCCGCAUCCCCAGCUUCCAAAAAGUCCAAAAACGCCGCCUCCGACGAUGCCUCCCUCUCGCCCAAAUCCCCCCGUGAGGCCGCUGAGGCCGCCAAGGGAUCCCAAGGCGAAGGUUCCGAUGAGGAUUCAGACGACAGCUCCAGCUCGCACCAGCCCGAGCCCGCCCCGGCCGUGCCUCAGGUGCAGGUGUUCGGCCCCAACCCACUGAAAUUCGAUGACCCGACCAUUUAUCACAUUCGCGAGGUCACGCCGGAUAUGACCGAUGAGGAGAAGAAAUUUAUCUACAGCGUCAACCGCUUCCCUCGCAGCGAUCUGAGCCACAUGAUGGCGGGGGUACCGCCCGACCGCGACUUCAGCAACUCCAAGCCCACGAACCAAGUCAGCGCCAAUACAUUCCUCGCGUACGUGGACCCCUACGUCCGCCCGAUGACAGAAGAGGAUAUGGCAUUUCUCAAGGAAAAGGGCGACCGAGCAAGCCCGUUCAUCAUGCCCCGACGCGGCAAGAAACACUACGCGGAGACGUGGGCGGAAGAAGACGGGCUCGGAAACAGCGAUCAAGCGAACGGCGACAAAGAGCGUCUCCCGCUGAACCAAGGCCGCGGCAACAUCGACCAGGUCACGGAUGAGACGGUCGAGACCGACAAAGUGUCCGUCGGCCCCCUCGUCAGCCGCCUCUACUCCCUCCUCCGCUACGAGCACCGCUCCAGUCCCGACGACACCACCACCACCAACGGGGACGGCACGACGACCACGAACGGCCUCAACGGCUUCGGCGACUCCAUGGACCUCGACCAUCCGUCCCUGCCUCCGCCGCUCCCCAACGGCAGCGGCAGCAGCGCCCCCGCCGACGCCGACGCCAACAACAAGCCCCUCGCCUCCGCCACGGCCUUCCCGGACGCCUCGCCCAACGGCUUCAAGACCCCCGCCGCCAAGCUCGACCACGCCCAGCUGGACGAGCGCCUGAAGGCGGAGCUCCGGCACGUGGGGUUCCUGGGGGCUGAGGACAACCCGGACUACGACGCGCACUACGACGACGACAUCGCGCAGCGGCUGCGCCUGCUGCAGAGCGAGCUCAAGAAGCAGAUGAUCAUCAACAGCGCCCGCAAGACCCGCCUCCUCGACAUCGCUCGCGAGCGCAUGGCCCACCAGGAGUACAUGACCAUCCACGACGACCUCGACUCCCAGGUCCAGCAGGCCUACCUCAAGCGCACCCGCACCCUGGGCAAGAGCAAGAAGGGCUCCCAGGCCAAGCACCGGCCCGGCGGCGGCGGGGCCGGCGGGGCCGGCGCGGGGGGCCACGUCGCCAGCGCCGCCGGCGUCGGCCGCCCCGCCAUCGGCGACGUUGCCCGCACCCUGAUGGACCGCCGCAAGCGCUGGCGCGACUGCAUCGGCCCCGUCUUCCGCGAGAGCAAGACCAGCGUGCCCGGCAGGGAGGAGACGGUCUUCGAGCCCGCCAUGAUGGCCGAGCUGGAGAAGGCCGAGCUGGAAGGGUGGGACGACGAGCAGGAGUAA